AUGAAUGGAAAAAUGGAAAAUAACAGCAAUGAAAGGGGAAAACCGCGCGACACAGUAACAUUGAUUCUUAAAGAAGAACGAUUCGAGGUUGACAAACAAAAACUGAUCGACAAGAAUCAGUAUUUUGCUGCGCUUUUGUCCACGAACUUUCUAGAAUAUGGACAGACAGAACACGUUAUCAACUAUGAUAUUUCCUCAAUUGUGCUGCAAGGUUUCAUUGAUUGGAUUCAUCAUGACAAAAUUGUAUUUACAUCUGCGACAAGUUAUGAUUUUGACGACAUGCUUGAUCAUUUCUUAAAUCUGUUGGAAUUAAGCGUUCUAUUUGGAGCAGAUGAAUUAACAGAAGAUAUAACCAACAAACUUGACAAACACUAUAAGUCACCAAAAUAUGCGAUUAAAAUUUGGUUACUGGCACAAGAAUUGAAUUUUAAUGUGCUACAAGAUCUUUGUUUGGCUUCUUGCUUAGAUCGUUUCGAUCAACUGCCAUUCAAUUCAAUUU